AGAGAUGGAGGAUGGAGGGGCAACUGGAUCUGAAAUUACUUCUAUCUAUUUUUACGGACCACCAAGUAAGUUUGAUAGCAACUGGAUAAUAGAAAAGCGCAGUGUUUCUAACAUGUUGAACGUAUUGUGUUGAUUAUUUUCAGUGAAGUGCGUGAAUUCAACCGAAGGUUUUCCUACAGAAUAGUGAAUUAGCAGGGCGGUUUUCAGUGCUGUUUUUUUUUGUAUUAGACUCUAAAUUCUAAGUGUUUAAUAAAUUAAAUAAAAUGGGAAAAGCCAAAAGCGUUAAGGCCUACGUACGGCCUGUCAUAAAAGUGCUAGGAGGAAUUUUGGAAAUGUUUUUACAUUGGUUGUUUAGUUUGGUGUAUGGAGGAAAAAGGAAGAGUAUGCCUCCUAUCACAGAUCUUCUGUUGUUGGAGUCUGCGACGUCUUUAGCCUACAAAAUACGAACAAAGAAGAUAACCAGCACAGAGGUGUUACAAUCGUUCAUAGACAGAAUUAGCGAAGUGAAUUCUGUCCUAAAUUGCGUCGUGGCUGACAGAUUCGAAGAAGCCAAAAAGGAAGCUCAAAAAGUUGACGAACUGAUAGCCUCGGGAGCUAUUCCCGAAGAAAAGCUUGCUCAGGAGAAACCGUUUUUGGGUGUCCCCUUUUCGACCAAGGACUGUAUUCCGGUCAAAGGAAUGAUUCACAGUUCUGGUCUAGUCAAACGGAAACACAUCAUUGCCGGAGACGAUGCCAAAGUUGUUGCCAGAUUGAAGAACGCAGGUGCCAUUCCUAUCGCUUUGACCAAUGUUUCCGAACUUUGUAUGUGGUGGGAAAGUGCCAACAAUGUCCACGGACGAUCUAACAAUCCCUACGACGUAAAUCGCAUCGUCGGUGGAUCAUCUGGUGGAGAGGGGUGUGCUCAGGCGGCGGCCAUAACUGCCUUUGGAAUUGGAUCCGACAUCGGCGGAUCCAUCCGUAUGCCAUCGUUCUUCAACGGCAUCUUCGGACACAAACCGUCACCUGGCGUGGUUCCCAACCACGGCCAGUAUCCAGAACCCGUAACGGAAGAACAGAACCGCUUCCUUGGCCUCGGUCCAAUGUGUCGACGCGCCGAAGACCUACUACCUCUUCUCAAAGUGAUCUCGGGACCAGAAAGCACCAAGUUGAGAUUGGAUGAACCGGUGGACGUGAAAAAACUCAAGUGGUUCUAUCAGGAUAAUGAUAGCGGGUCUUUCAUGGUGUCCCCUGUAUCUAGAGAGAUACGAGAAUUAUUUGUUAAGAUUAGUCAACAUUUAGACAAGGCGUAUAAUAUUAAAGCUACUAAGGUAAACUAUAAAAAAUUCGCCAAGAGCGGACCCAUGUGGUUCGCCAACAUGAAGUCGCCCAACGGACCAACAUUCGACCAACACCUCGCUGAUAUGGAAGGAUCUAUUAACCCAUGGUGGGAACUCUUCAAGUGGGUAUUCCAGAUGUCCGAGCACACUUUUAUCGGUAUCGUUACGUGUCUGGCCGAAAAGGGGGGAUGCCAGUAUGGGGAUGACAAAUAUCAUUAUUUGGUACAAGAACGUAACAGCCUCCGUCGAGAACUCCUAGACCUCCUCGGCGACGACGGAGUCUUCCUUUACCCCACGCACCCCACCGCGGCCCCCUACCACAACGAACCACUAGUGAAGCCUUUCAAUUUUUCCUACACGGCUGUGGUAAACGUACUUGGUCUGCCAGCCACUCACUGCCCCAUGGGUUUGGACAAGCAGGGCUUGCCCAUUGGAGUCCAGGUCGUAGCCGCCGACGGAAACGACAGAUUAUGCCUGGCGGUGGCGAGAGAGAUCGAGAAAGCUUUCGGAGGAUGGGUUCCUCCUGCUAUUAAGGCUUGAAGAACUUAGUCGAAGCUGAAGAAACGCCGCCAGGGUGGUGGUACUACAAAAUUGUUCGGUGAAAGUUUCACUUAUUCAGAAAAACAUAUUAUACACACAUCUUAUAGAAAAUAUGUCACUCAAACGCAACAAAAUUUACAUGAAUAGAUUCAACUCGAAAUUGCAAUCAUUUCAUAUCAUUGCACCAACUCUGAAUUGUGAUUAAUAUCAUUGUAUAUUAUAAUAAAGUUUAUGAAAAUCACAUUUUUAAGCCCAUAAAACUAUCAUUCAUAGAUACUAUUAGUCUAGUGGUUAUUGAAAACAGCUUAACCCAGCGUGAGUUAAGACGAUUAGAGGAACUAUACAGUCACCGUCACGCUACUAGACAUACGGGUACAUUGAGCUAAUACAGUCCUGGACCCUUCACUUAUUGCACUACUUUUAUGUCUAGAACGUCAGAAAAUGUAUAGAAACCAAUAUAAACAUAGAAAGUUGACAGUUUAUAGGACAAUUAUUGUAUUUGAGUAUAGUUGUCAUUGUGUUAAAGUUGUAAAAUUAUAAAAUAUUGUAAUAUUGUUUGUAUCUUGGUACUGGGGGGUUGUUACCCCGAUGCUGCGGUUGAUUUGUUAAAAACACUAUUUACCAGAAUAUAUUUAUUUAGAACACUAAAUACGACAAUAACUAGUGGGUGGACAACGUAUCUGAUCUAACCACGUCGAUGUCUGAAUAAUGAAUAAUCUCUUAUUUACUUUCUCCGUAUCUAUAAAUAAAUAGUAAUUGUUUUGUUAUGAUUGACUACACCUGAAUGUGACCGUGAAAAUACUAAUAGUAACAUAAUUGCUGACUCCGUUGUUUUCAAAACGAGUGGCCUACAUUGCAGAAGCAAUGUCGCCCAUUUACGUAAUGUAAACAGUACAUAAUGUAAAUAAUAUUUGUUUGAGACAUUAAAAAUUAAAUCGAUAUAGGAUUACUCUUAUUUUUUUGAUGCUAAUAUAAAUCCUGUACAUUGGUGUUUGAAUAAAGUUUUUUUAAAUCAGAGUAACAGUACUAUUAAUUAAUGUAUUUUUUGUAUGGAAAAACAAUUAUUUUGAAUAAUUUCAUGACAGUCACAUGAAAUGAGACAUGAAGUCACAGGUAAAAAGGGGUCCGAUUAUCCCAAGCCUAGCAGUUAUGUAGGCAUCCGUGUGUCUACUAGCGUGGCGCGUACUGUAUACUUUAGUACGACUGACCAAAUUAUACCUACUUUAUUAUCUAUAAGAUAAGAGUAAGCCGCUGUCUUAAUACCUGCAGAAAUAUUUAUGAAGUGGCGACUAACACAAUCUCUUUUACAUAACCUUUUGAUUUUAGAUUUAUUUAUAUCAAUUUACGCCGUUAUUAAUAAAAAUUCAAAGUAGGCCCAAUGAUAUGAAAUGAUUGAAAUUUCGAGACGAAUCUAUUCAUGUAAAUUUUAUUACAUUUGAGUGACAUUGUAUUUUUCAUAAGAUGUGUCCGGUCUCCUCUCGAUGCAUUUGGGUUACUACUAUUGUUAAAUUUCUCUUUUAUUUUAUUGUAUUGACCAGUGUUAAUUUAGUCAGCCAUGCUAGAUUUUCUAAGACGAAUAAUUCGAGUUUAAAAAUAAUUUUCUUUAAAGUAUAAAUAUAUAACAUUUGGAUAGAAAUUUCUAAAAAUAAAAAAUAUCGUUUUCCAGCAGACUUUCUAAAAAAUCGCUUUUAAAAGGUAUAAAAACGCCAUUUUUAGCAGACAUGAUAAUUUUAUCUGUAUAUUUGCAAAAAAUAUAAUAAAAUCUUGUAUACUAGCUUCCCAACCAACUAAAACAGGUCAAAAUGCAUAUAUGUCAUAUUUCGUCAGAAUUACAAAAUAAUGCUAAUUUUUUAGUUUUCCGUCUAGAGACGGAAAGUUUAUAGACUAAGAGCCGCUAUAGUUGAAAUUUCUUAAGCAUUUUAGGCACGAUGGAACCCUAUAACUUAAAUAGUAGAACCUAAAAGAAAACGUUUGAACACUGUGCCGUCACUUUUCAGUGGCACAUGCGUCGACAGUGGCGCAUCAAACUUUCCACUUCUGGACGGGAUAAAUAAAUUAAAAGUUACCCUCCCUUACUAACAGAAUUAUUUUUUUUUAUUUUUUUUAAGUUCUAUGUGAUUAACACAUAAAAUUCAGCGUAAUUUUAACCCACCACCCCCUUCCCCCUACCCCCACCAUCAAAAACUUCAUUUUUCGUUUUUAUUUUUUUUUUUUUGGUGGGAUGCAAUUAAUUUUAAAAUUUCAAAAAAUUCACAAGCAUAGCUGAGGAUUUUAUAAAACAUGCCUAUUUUUUAUAGACCCAUAGGCAGAGUGUACAUAACCUCAAAAAAUUUAAAAAAAAAUUUUUUUCAAAAAAGCGCAUAACUUUUUUGAGGAAUAGCUACAGGUCUAAUUUUUUCUUAAUUUUAUGUGUUUUAUCAAACACUAUAUUUUUAAUUUUUUUCAGAUUUUUCUGUAAGGCUUCACCUUCAAAAAUCCGAAAAACUGUUUUUUGGGGGUUUUGGGGGAUUUUCCCUAUUUUAUAGACUUCAUAAUAUAUCAAAUCAAUUUUGUUUUUUAGGUUAUAUGUAACUUGAAGUAAGUGAGUCCUUUAGAAUAUUUAAAAAUCAGAAAAACACGUUCAAACCCCCCAAAACCCCCUUAAAUUUGGAUUUUUAAAGGUGACCAGCGUUACAGAAAAAUCUGAAAAAAAUUAGAAAUAUAGUGUUUGAUAAAAUACACAAGACUAAGAAAAAAUUAGAUCUGCAGCUAUCCCCAAAAAAAAAGUUAUAUACUUUUUUCCAAAAAAAAAAAAAUUUAAAAAUUUUUUGAGGUUAUGUACACUUAACCUACAGAUCUAUAAAAAAUAGACGUGUUUUAUAAAAGCCUUAACUAUGCUUGUGAAUUUUUUGAAAUUUUAAAAUUGACUGCAUCCCACAAAAAAAAAUCGAAAAAUAAAGUUUUUGAUGGUGGGGGCAGGGAGAAGGGGGUGGUGGGUUAAAAUCACGAUGAAUCUUAUGUCUUAAUCACAUAGAACUUAAAAAAAUGAAAAAAAUUAAAUUCUGGUAAUAAGGGAGGGUAUUUUUUAAUUUAUGUAUCACGUCCAUAAGUGGAAAGUUUGAUGCGCCACUGUCGACGCAUGUGCCACUGAAAAGUGACGGCACAGUGCUCAAACGUUUUCUUUUAGGUUCUACUAUUUAACUUAUAGGGUCCCGUCGUGCCUAAAAUGAUUAAGAAAUUUCACCUAUAGCGGCUCCUAGUCUAUUAGUUUUCCUGUUAUUUUUAAAUUACAGAAAAGAGCAAUAAGAUAUCUGUUUGACCUCAGAAGAACAACACAUUGCAGAAGCUACUUCAAAGAUCACAGGAUUCUAACACUACCUUCUUUAUAUAUUUUAGAAACUGUUUGCUUAAUUCGUAAACAUCUACAUGUCUUUCCAGCAAGACAUGACUAUUCCACCAGAAAUUCUACCUUUGACAUCUAUUUACCGAUCCCGUUCAGUGAGUUAGUAAAGAAAUCUAUAUUAUAUUCUGCAAAAAAACUUUACAACCAUCUCCCUUUACAACUUAAAUCUGCAACAUCUUUCCCCAAGUUCCGUAAAAUGACUAAAGCCUAUUUAUCUGAAAGACCAUAUUAUUCAACAGCAGAGUUUCUUAACCAAUAACUAAGAAAGUACAGUAUUCUUAUUUAUAAGUAGAAUCUUAAUCUAUAUUUGAGUGUCAUAUGCAGCAGCUUAACUUAACUUAUUAAAUUUUUUAAGGUAGAUUAUGCAAUUUGCAAAUUUUUUUUUUAAAUUUUGCAAAGAUUGUUACUGUGUUUUUUGUUUCUCUUCAUAAUUUUUAUUUAUAUAGACGAUUUAUAUCAUUUUAGUAAAUUGUAUUUGUUAUUGUUCUUAUUUAUGAUUCUUGUAAGCUUUGUCUAUAAAAUUGUUAAAUUUUUCAUGACAAUAAAGCAUAUUUCUAUAGACUACCAAACGUUUGUUAUAUGAGGAGAUUUUAAUAGAAAACUGGCGGAAAACCGCAUUUUUAAUUUGGGAAUUUCUUAACCACUUGGUAUAUUUAUGUUAUAAAAGAAUUACUCAAAUUUCCACGUACUAAAAUGCACCAAAUUCUAAAUACGUAAACUCGUGAAAAAAAAAUAGUAUUCUAGUAUUUUUACUCAUUCUACUGGAUAAAAAUACUAUUUUAGUAUUUUUACUCAUAAUUUUCGAACUUUCUUGUCAAUCACUGUAUACAUCACAUUUUUUCGCAGAAAAUUAUCAAUAAAAAUGAUUAUUGAUGUGACUUGCUGAGAUCAGAUUAGCAAAAUAAAUUGUCAUUCAAUCUGUUUCUUAUCUUGACCUCGAUAGUUCUUUUUGCCUCUGUAUAAAUUUAACUGUAUGUUGGAAGAUGGGAAGGGGUAGAGAAAUACAUAAAAUUGUACUGCUUCACCGCACCAAUAAUGACAUAUGCAUCAGAAACAAGACCCGAUACAGCCACAACACAAAGACUACUGGAAACGGCAGAGAUGAGAGUACUGAAAAGAAUUACAGGAAAUACACUAAGAGAUCGAAGGAGGAGCGAAGAUAUUAGAAGACAAUGUAACGUAUAUUGUAUAAACUAAUGGAUACUAAAUAGAAAAUAAGAAUGGAAUAACCACAUAAGCAGAAUAGUGGAUUCACGUGUGGUCAAAAUAACAAGAGAUAAAUUACCAAAGAUGGAGUGACAACCUUCCAUAGCGGUAUCAAUCCGCCAAUGAACAAGCAGAAUUACUUAUAAAGAAGAUACUUGUUUUUAAAGUCCACAGCAAAGCCGAUAGUGACAACAAAUAAACUGUGAAUCGUUUGGAAUGGUACAAUGGUCUUAUGACCAGAAGUAUCAGAGAUAAACAUGUCUUUCCUGAACUAAGAAGAAGAAAAAUCGUUUGGAGAGCAGAAGAAACAUUUUUUUGUACAAAUUUAUGAUAUCCGGCUCGGAGGACCAUAUUAUGUAAUCCAGUACAUUCAUUCUAUCUUACCAUUAACAUUCCUUUAGAAUGUACAGUACUUAUAAGAGUGUAAUAAGUUUGUUCGUAAUUGUUCAUUGAAUGUUUUUCGCCAAAUCGUGUUCCAGCAUAUAGAUUAGUAUACAAAUACGCAAUACUGUUCUUCUCCAAUUUUUAUUUAAAAAGAGUACCCCACUCUGGUGGCGCAGUUUCGACCUAGGCCUAAUGCUAUGUGAUUUACAAAAAAAAUCCAGUGAUAGGCAUGAGAUUUUACUGAACUUUUUAUAUGUGUACAUUUAUUUUAAAAGUUUAUAUAUAAACACGUUUAUAUUUAUUAUUUUUGCUAAUAAACUGUGUAUUUAUUAUACAAAUAACUUUUUAUAGACGUUAAUAAAGAUGUUGUUCUGUUUAUGAUUAAGGCUAUUGUUAAUGUUUCGAACAUUUGGUUAAUAUUUGAGUGAGUCACCGACUUUUAUAAUAUAUGGAGGCGUAAUAUUUAUGGGCUAUUGUAAAACAUUACAGACUGCAUUCUAAGAAGGUGAAUAACCAACACAUAUUUGUACUAUUAAUACUUUAAUGUAAAAAUUUAUGACAGAAUUAUUGUCAUCACUGGGGCUGGUAGAUAGGGAAAACAAUAUAUUUUUUACCUGUAUAUUUUUUCUUAUAGCUAAUUUCUGUUAGUAAAUAAUGAUAAUACUGCGCGUGUAUUUUUUCCAUAACUAUUUCCAAAACGUAUACAAUGUGCUUUUUCUACUUCUGUGGCAACCAUAAGUAAAAACUUCCCCUUUCAUUACUUUCCAUAACAGAAAUUUUAGUAUUGAGACCGAAUCAUCAAUUUUUUGACAUAUUAUAUGUUUGGCUGCACUAAUAAUCGGACGAACAGACGGACGAACUUUCAAGGAUCGUUUUUUUUUUAAUUUUACUCCGAUCCGAUGACUAUGUUCAUCAAAUUUUUUGUUAAAAUGAACAUUAGACGAAGACAAAUACUUCAGAUGUUAAAAGUGGAAAAUAAUAAUCUCUUUCUUUACUUUCUACGUAUCUAUAAAUAAAUCGUUUGUUAUGAUUGACCAUACUUGAAUGUGGCCGUGAAUUACUAAUAGCAGUAUAAUUGCUGACUUCGGUGUUUUCAAAAUGCCUGGCCUAGAUUACAAAACCAGUGUCACCCAUUUACGAAAUCCAAACAAUGCAAGUAAAUAAUAUUUGCUUAAGACUUUUAAAAAUUAAAUCGAUAUAGAUUAACUCUUACUUUUUGGAUUUUAAUAUAAAUCCUUUACAGCUGCACUAAUAAUCGGACGGACAGACUGACGAACUUUAAGGGAUCGUUUUUUUUUUUUAAUUUUUCUCCGAUCCGAUGACUAUGUUCACCAAAUUUUUUGUUAAAAUGAACAUUAGAUGAAGACAAAUAAGUCAGAUGUUAAAAGUGACAAAUAAUAAUAUAUAGGGUAUUAUGCAGGGUUGCCAAAGCAGAAGAUUACGCGCAAAUGAGUCAAUAUUUCUGUUAUACAAUGAAAGAAAAUUCGGCUAUUGAUAGACUUGAUUGGGGUGCUAAAUUUCGUAUUCUUAUGCAAAUAAUUUGUAAUAAAAUUGACGUAAUCUAUUCUGAACAGUGCAUUUUUUUACUUUGGUAAAAUAAACUAGAAUGAAGCCAUGAGAUUAUUAGCUGACAGCUUGCAUUAAACGUGUCAACUGUAGCCUUAAGAUGCCUAGCAUAAUAUAAGAAGAAACGAAAAUUAGACAAAUAACUUAACUUGAAGUAAAAAUCUCCCUGGUGUAGUUGGUAUAAAAUUUAAUUAAGAAUUAAAAUUCUAAAAAAUCCAAAAGGAUCACAUUCAUUAUUUAGAACGAUUUCAUACUUAUCAGUCCAUCAUCAGUGAACCUAAAAACAAGUAAUCCCACUCAAUAAAAUUCAAAAAGGAUGAAAUUUUGACAGUUAUAAAUUGAAAAGUGUGGUUGAGUCUCGCGAGAGCGAAUGUAGUAUAUAACCAGGGUGUCCCAUUUAAAAAAAACGAAGUUAUAAGCAACUUCUGGUAUAACCGGAAGUAGCAAAUAGAUGAAAAUAUUUUCAUUAAACAGAUGACUCUUCAAAACCUCUUAAUUCAAAUUUUGAUGAUUCUGUUGCCUUUAGUUCUUGAGAUAUUUCUAAUAGGCCCUUUAUUUGCCUCACCCUGUAUAUAGCUGCAAUAAUAUCAUUUUGUAUAUCACUUGAAACUCUCGAAAAAACAGUUGAUGUUUCUAGAAGUUGGCAAAAUUUUUGAUCUUUUUUGGCAAUUAAUGUUAACAAUUCCCUGUAAUUGCCUUGAUUGUCAAAGUCGUCGCCCUCAAAAUGACCACGAAACGCUAAUAUUCUUGUUUGGCCAAAAAACAUACGGUAUCUAUUAUAAGUGUGCUAAGGAUAUACCUAUCUAAUUUUUGAACAAACUCAUUUUGUUUAGCAAUAUUUGCUUUAGAGGCUUGGUUAAGCGAACUUUCGAUUCUUGUUUUGCCAAACUGAAUCAAAUUGUGUAUACAUCUUACAUGUAGGUAACGGAGAAAUUUCAUGUCUCCUUUUUAAAACUCUAAAACUAUUUAAAUCGUAAACCUGCUCCACUCAUUUUUCUGUAGAAACCAGAAGACAUGGCCAACAAUACAGUCUAUGUUUCUUGCAACCACAUAACCAAGGAUUUUCACUGUACUAACUAAAUUUAAAAUAUCGAACUACUUUUUUGAUUCCUUUUUUAAAUGGUUUAAAAUAGGUCAUUCAUUUCAAUAAUCUCAUUUUUUCUUCAAAAUAACACAAGGAGAAUUACUUUUCAAGUAGUUGAUCGAUUACGCAGCGACACUCAUCCAUGGUUAACUGCACGCACACUUUUUAUAGGUACUGUAACCAAAUUUAAAUCUGGUAACAGGGAUACUGAUAUACACAGCAGGCUCACGUCGUUGCUCCUUCAAAAUUUUCAGACACUAGCCGGUCGGUCCCGAGCGAUAGCGAGUGUAUAACCAUUGUAACCACAAAUGAGACUGGUAACAGAAGUGCAACUGAGUCACAUAAACUCGCCAAUAUUUUCGUGUGUCUACGAGUAGUUGGCUAUUAACUGAAUUAGGUACUAUUAACACAUAAUAUAAUAAUAUGUUUCUAUUGGUAAAAAUAUUGGUAAAUGGCAUUAUUCAUCGUCAUAUUUAUUUGCAAGAUUUUUAACGGCGAACAUCGUUCGGGUUAACAAGUUACCCCAACGCUUUUCUUUUAAUAUGAAUAAAUAUGAAUAAUAAAUAGUGCUAAACUGACUGUAGCACUAUCCUUUUACAAAAUUUAGAAACCAAUUUUAUUAUAAGUUACUUACGCAUGUAAAUGCUGCAAUCUAUUUGAUUUUCAAGCAUUAAUCCAGCUUUGGAUUACAAAACUUUCUUUGUCAGUCAAAGGCUAUGACUACUACCCCUACAUAAGAUACAAUAAACUGUUAUAACACAUUAAUUAUCAACUGUGGCCGAUUUAUGUUAUUAUAAUAAACUAAAUAGAUUUCUUUUACCCCUUCUAAAAAUACAACAUCCAGUAGACAUACAAAGAGAAAACAUCCGUAAUGAAUGUGGAGUUACGAUAAAAUCUACUUUUUAAGUUUGAUAUAUUUUACACUUUGGGUUUGGGCUACUGUAUUUGACCAAUUAUAUGGAUUCAUGUGAUGUAUUUAGGACUAUAAUACUGAAUAAAGACUUUGGAGAUAACAUUGUGUGAUUGCACUCUAUGUAAUAACUGUUGUAUGUGAUUGUAACCCCACUAUUAUUGUGUAUAUUACGUGCCUCCCUUGUAGAUUUAGGAAUACGAGGAAGAACUGAUAAAUUAUUUACAUAACUUUCGAGAACGUUAAAAUCAAUAUGUCUAUUAUCUUUUUUGUUUAAUGCUAACAUUUUUAACUAUAAGGAACAAAUUAUCCAACUAUAACAAAAAAAACGGGACGAUGUGAAGUUGGGGGUUGCUAGACGAAGACACUACCCCGAACAAACAAACUUAACUUUUUACAGAAACUUUAUUCUAAUAUACUUAAAUGUACAAUUACAUUACGUAGACCUUGAGAUAGGUCGGGGAUAACCCAUUUCUCGGUAACUAGAUCCCUUGACUACGCGCGACAGAGUGCAACGACAACAACGAUGUCUCAGGUACUCGACCUUCCUAUUUAUAUCUGUUAUAGUUAAAAACAGUGCCAAUAUGUAUGACCAUAUAUGGUGAGGUACUAUACGUAUAUUAAGAAUGACGUGUGCUUUCUUUGCAGUCUUUCAAAUGAGUUCAAUACUUUGAACUUUGCUACUAUCGUAAUAAAUUAUACAAAUUGCAAUUAUAAUAUUAUCACCUUGUUUUUAUAACAAAUAAAUUAGGAAAAUUCCGUGAAAGUUGUCGUGUACCAUCACAACGAACUAUAAAAGGAAAACAAAUAGUCAAUUCGAUAGAACAUCGAAAAGGUUUGUAAUUUACACUUCAAUCUUGAUAGAUGCAUGUGAAACCUGGACGAUCUAGAAAAAAUAAAUCUAGGUAUCGGCUGGUUGAGCGAGUUAUUCGUUUUCGUGGAAGGGUAUACAAAAUGGCACACUUUUUAAAGAAAUUUCUUGUUAAACCCAUAGCUUCCUUACAUUCAAGAGAUUCAAUUCAGAAACAACAAAAAUAUUGAUCAUGGCCCCAGAGUUGCCAAAUCUAGUAAUUUUCCCUGAAGCUUUGGAUACCUAUAAAAUUUUACUUAGAAGACAUGGAGAAUACAAAUGUGCGUUUAUUUAUGUGCUUUUAUUACGAGGGUACUGUACUAGAGCGUCCAAUAACGGUUCUAGAACGUCCUGAUCAGGCGCAGCAAAUAUGUAUACACUUCUUUAGUGAUUUUAGCGUCUUAGAACAGAUUGUUCUUUAACGUCAGAGGAUACUGAUUUGAAGCUUCCUUGUAAGGAUAUUUUAAAAUUUUAUCUGGCAACUUCACAUGUCCCUAUACCUGUUACCAUUGGCUAUAAUCUAUAUCCCGUUCUGUCUAGAAUUGUUUUUAAAAAAGUAAAGACCAACGAUAUUCCCGGCUCAUAAAGCACACCGACAGAAAGUUGCAGAAAUAACAUUGUCAAAACUUUAUUACUCUUAUUCUCUACAAGUUUCUUACAUAUAAUUCAACUACAAUACCAUUUUCUGUACUUUAUUCUUUGAUUGUCUCUAAAUGGCGUGUCAAAUAUUUCACAAAACUAUGCAGAACUACUCCCCACCCCUUAUGAUGUAGUAUUAGCAACUCAUUCUUUUACUAGAAUUAUGAUAUGAUUUAUAAAGAAUAUACGCAAAAAUACCCAUAUCUGUGUUAUUUACCAUCAUACUAUACCUUUUUGGCCGGUCUCAUACCUUUCAGGUACUUUCUAAGUAUUAAAUUAACUUGUAUCUUAGCCAAUUCCAAAAUAUGUAUAAAAUGAUGACAAAUGUACUAGAUACGAAUAUUACAUGUAUACCAACAUUUAGGUUCGUAUAUUUUUUAUAAGACAUAAAAAAGAUUUUGUAUGUUAUCAGUUUGUCCUCUCAAUAUAAUACUUACUAUUAACCAGAAACUGAGAUUUUGACAUAAACUCUCUACGUUAUAUAUUUUUGUACUAUAUUUCUUCCUAAAGAUAUAUGUUUACACCGAAAUUUUGUAUAUAUUAUUAAAAUAUUGAGGUAUUUGUUUUCAAAUAUGUAAUACUGUAAUUUUUAAAUAUACUGUGUCUUUAUUAA